AUGGAAUUCUUAUCUGUUUUUACGGAAAAGGUAAUAGAUUGCUUGAUCCAGCCAGUUGUGCGACAGAUUGGGUAUUUCUACUACUACAAGAACAACAUCACAUCUAUGGGAAAAGAAUCUGAGAAGCUGAAGAACAUCAAAAGUGAGAUGCAGGAAAAAGCGGAAGUUGCCCGGAGAAACUUACAACGCAUUUCACUCAAUGGCGAGGUUUGGUUAACUAGUGUUGAUACCACUAUUGCUCAAGUGGAUGAUGUAAUGGGAGGUAUACCUGAGGUUGAAAGGGGUUGCUUUUAUGGGUGCUGUCCAAACUUGAAGUCACGUUACUCCCUCAGCAGGAGAGCUAAGAAAAUUACAGAGGAGUUGACUGAACUUCGAAAUGAAGCCCCCGACUCUAAUGCUUUCUCCUAUGAUCAUCCAGUCCAAAGUGAGGCUAUACCUAGUUACGAUGGUGAGAUGUUUGACUCCAGAAAAUUGCAAGAGGAUGAGAUCAUGGAAGCUUUGAAAGAUGACGAGGUCACUGUGAUUGGUAUAUGUGGUAUGGGUGGUGUUGGUAAAACAACACUCGCUGAGAAAAUCAGACUAAAGGCAAAACAAGAAAGGGGUAAUAAUUUCAUAGAUGUCGUCAUGGUAACUGUCAGUCAACAACCAGACUUGAAAAAACUUCAGGGUCAGAUGGCAGACGGACUCGGGCUGACAUUACAAGGGGAUAAUUUGUGGAGUCGUGGAGAUCAGCUGCGUACAAGGUUAAUGGAUCAGAACAGCCGCAACCUUAUAAUCUUGGAUGAUGUUUGGGAGGCUCUUCAUGAUCUAGACAAACUUGGAAUUCCCAGCGGUAGCAACCACAACCAUCGCUGCAAAGUGAUAUUGACGACACGUUUCCGAAAUGUUUGUGAAGAAAUGAAAGCUAAGAAGAUCAUGGAAGUUGAAACGUUAUCCGAAGAGGAAGCAUGGAGCCUUUUCAAAGAGAAAGUCGGUGAUUUUGGCAACGAUCCUUCUCCGAUUGACAUAGCUAAAGAGGUUGCCAAAGAAUGCAAGGGGUUGCCGCUUGCAAUUAUUAUACUUGCAGGAGCACUAAAGAGUAAAACCAAGCCUUCGUGGGAGGAUGCCCUUAUACAAUUACGUGAUGCAGAACCAAAAAAUAUCCCUGGAGUGAACAGUAAGGUGUAUAAAUCUCUGAGGCUAAGCUAUGACCACUUGGGCGAGAAUGAAGCAAAGUAUCUCUUUUUGCUUUGUUCUUUGUUCGAGGAAGAUAGCUAUAUUCGGACUGAAGAAUUGCUUGGAUUUGGAAUGGGGCUUGGCAUCUUUUCUAGAAUUAAAAAUAUACAAGGAGCAAGAAAAAGGGUGUGUUUUCUAUUAGAAAUAUUGAAAGAUGGUUUCUUGUUAUCCCAAGGUUCAGAAAAAAAUCAUGUGAAAAUGCAUGAUGUGGUCCGUGAUGUGGCUAUAAGUAUUGCGUCUGAAGGAGAGCAUAACUUUAUGGUAAGUCACGAUGUUAACUCGGAAGAGUUUCCAAGAAGAACUUCUUAUGAGCAUUUCAGUCACAUGUCAAUUGUUGCAAAUAAAUUUGAUGAGCAUCCUAGACCAAUAAUUUGCACAAAACUGAAGCUUUUAAUGUUGAAACUCUGUUUUGAAGAUCCAUUCAAACUACAGGACGAUUUUUUUGAUGAAAUGAGUAACCUCAAUGUCUUGAGCCUGAGGGGAGACAGAUUUGAGGAGUCCAUUCUGCGUUUUCCUGCAUUCAUUAGGAGGUUGUCAAGUCUGAGGACACUGUGUCUGAGUAAUUUAAGGUUGGAUGACAUAUCCUUUAUUGGGGAACUUGUCGAAUUAGAAAUUCUCAGCAUAAGAGAUUGUGAGUUAGAUGAUCUGCCAGAGGAGAUAGGAAAAUUGACCAGUCUAAUUAUGUUAGAGCUGCGGAAUGAGAUAGGAGGACUUAAAAGGAUUUCAGGAGGGGUGUUAUCAAAACUAGCUCAAUUGGAGGAACUACAUAUUGUGGGAGUAGAAGAUUUGAGUGAUGUGAUCUACAAUAACCUUGACCUUCCCUCCAAGUUGGCACGGUACACUCUUAAAACGGGUGGAGCUUACAUUGGGAUUCCAAGCAUUGGUAAUUACGACAAGAUUAUUGCUUUAGAGGUCACGAAGACUGCCCCAUUGGGUGAUUGGAUCUGCCACCUGUUGAAGGAGAGCAAAUUUGUAAGUUGUAGGGGAAAGGGCUCUAAUAAUGUGUUGACUGAAUUGCAGCUGAAUGAAUUUCAGAAUGUUAAAUUUCUCCGCCUCUUUGGAUGUGAUUUAGUGACACAUUUAUUGAAGACAACACAUGAAGUAAUCAAGUUCCCCAAUUUAUAUGAGUUGCAGCUUGUAAAUCUGAUGUGCUUGACUCACAUUUGCAGUGACAGUGUAGAGUGCAUUGAGUUCCCUCAGUUACAAAGAAUGUUCUUCUAUGGAUUACCUGAGUUCCAAAAUUUCAGGCCUACAGCCAACAACUCAAAUCCUCUUUUUGAUGAAAAGGUUUCUUGUCUCAACCUGGAACACCUAGACAUCUGCGCCCUUAAAAGCAUAAGUGCUCUAUGCUCUUACCAACUUCCAACUGACUACUUCACCAAACUUCAAACAUUGAGAGUAUCAGAUUGUGGAAAAUUGAGAAACUUGAUGUCUCCAUCAGUGGCCAGAGGUCUUCUGAAUCUCCAACUGUUAUGGAUACAAUACUGUCAAUCAAUGGAAGAAGUGAUCACUAAAGGAGAAGGAAUCAUGACCUUAUUUCCCCGAUUGGAACAUUUGACUCUUACCAAUCUGCCUAAGCUGGGGCAUUUCUUUAUGACAGAGCACACUCUUGAAUUUCCAUUUCUCAAGGAAGUGAUUAUUACUGACUGCCCUGAAAUGAAGACGUUUGUCCAACACGGAAUAUAUGUGAGUACACCGAUUCUCAAAUGUGAUGAUGAGGUGAAAGUAGAUGAUCUCAAUAAAUGGAUACAACAGAGGUCAAAUCCUCUUUUUGAUGAAAAGGUUUCUUGUCCCAAUCUGAAAGUGCUAUAUAGCAUUGGGGCUAACUGCAUAAGUGCUCUAUGCUCUCACCAACUUCCAACUGACUACUUCACCAAACUUCAAUCAUUGGAUGUAUCGCAUUGUGGAAAAUUGAGAAACUUGAUGUCUCCAUCAGUGGCCAAAGGUCUUCUGAAUCUCCAACUGUUAUGGAUACAACACUGUCAAUCAAUGGAAGAAGUGAUAACUAAAGGAGAAGGAAUCAUGACCUUAUUUCCCCGAUUGGAACAUUUGAAUCUUACCAAUCUGCCUAAGCUGGGGCAUUUCUUUAUGACAGAGCACGCUCUUGAAUUUCCAUUUCUCAAGAUAGUGAUUAUUAAUGACUGCCCUGAAAUGAAGACGUUUGUCCAACACGGAAUAUCUGUGAGUACACCGAUUCUCAAAUGUGAUGAUGAGGUGAAAGUAGAUGAUCUCAAUAAAUGGAUACAGCAGAGCUCAAAUCCUCUUUUUGAUGAAAAGGUUUCUUGUCUCAACCUGGAACACCUAGACAUCUGCGCCCUUAAAAGCAUAAGUGCUCUAUGCUCUCACCAACUUCCAACUGACUACUUCACCAAACUUCAAACAUUGAGAGUAUCAGAUUGUGGAAAAUUGAGAAACUUGAUGUCUCCAUCAGUGGCCAGAGGUCUUCUGAAUCUCCAAGAGUUAUGCAUACAAGGCUGUCAAUCAAUGGAAGAAGUGAUCACAAAAGGAGAAGGAAUCAUGACCUUAUUUCCCCGAUUGGCAGAUCUGACUCUUAAUUAUCUGCCUAAGCUGGGGCAUUUCUUUCUGACAAAGCAUGCUCUUGAAUUUCCAUUACUCAGAAUUGUGUCUAUUCGUGACUGCCCUGGAAUGAAGACGUUUGUUCAACUGGGAAUAUCUGUGAGUACACCGAUUCUCAAAUGUGAUGAUGAGGUGAAAGUAGAUGAUCUAAAUAAAUGGAUACAGCAGAGGUUCAAUAACAAGCAACAAGAAGCUAGUCAUGGCGACGAAGUUGAACCUAGAGGAGGUUCCAGUGGAGAAAGGAAAAUUGAUCCAAUCUAAUUUUGUUAAGAGUUUUUGAAUAAGCAUAGAGUACUUAAAAGGAUUUCACCAGUGGUCUUAUCAAGAUUAGUUCGAUUGGAGGAACUACAUAUCAUGGGAGUAGAACAUUGUAGCUACUCCACAUCGAGGGAUCUGAAAUCCUUAUCGUGGUCGACUGCACUGACAUUGUAGUUUGUAAAAGGUGUUCAGUGUGUGUAAUCUUGAAAUGAAAACUCUGUUGCCUUUCUUCUGUUGGUUAGGCAUAAUUGUAUAGAUUUUUACCUCGUAUAAAUUUCUGUAUUCGAAUUAUAUAACGUACUAACUAAUUACCUUCAAUGUUGUUUACUUCCAGGGCGUACAAUCGCACCCCAUCUAAUUUUAUUAUCAACCAUAGAUGUGCCCGAGUUCCCAAGACCUUGACCCUGGCAGAUAGUCUGUUACAAGCUCUUUUUAU